AUUCCAUUUCUUGUACCAUAAAGGAUUCGUUUCCGGAUUCCAAUGUUGUAAAUCAUCCGUAAAAUGCAGUUUUAUAAUGGAAGUCUCUAUUUUGCAUAGAAAAAAAUCGGAUUAUACCUCGGAAGGGCCGAGCGCGCGGCCAAAGCCGAUGCGUAACCCGGACCCUAAGCUUCAUCCGUUUUCAAGGGCAAGAGAGUAUACUAGGGCUCUGGUGGCCACAAAAAUGGAGAAAAUGUUCGCAAAACCACUCGUUUCUGUGCUAGAAGGACAUACAGACUCCGUCAACUGCAUGGCUGUCAGCAGAACGAAACUCGUGGACAUGUUUACCGGUUGCUGUAAGGGCGAAGUUAAGAUUUGGAAUCUGCUCAAAAAGGACAAGGGAGUCACUCUUGGCCAUCAUGAAGGCUUUGUAAACGGUCUCGUGACAAACAGGGACGGUUCUCUGCUCUACUCUUGCGGCAAUGACAAGUACAUAAAGUGCUGGAAUGUUUCCAGUAGUAAUGCCAUUGACGAGGAUGAUGACGAAAAGUAUCUGGACACUUUUACAUCUGUAGUAACAGAGUAUUCAAAUAGACCAAAGCCCACAACCGUAUUUCUCUCUAACCACAUCCUUAAUGGCAUUGAUCACCACUGGUCAAACGAUCUCAUUGCCUCUGCCGGGGAUGUUUUGGAGGUCUGGGACGGUCACCGCAGCUCACCAAUAAUGAAGUUUGAAUGGGGAUGCAAUUCUCUCUACUCUGUAAAGUUUAAUCCCUCAAAUUUUGAUCUACUUGGGUCGAGUGGCUCUGACAACUCCAUCGGUCUGUAUGACAUUAGAGCAAACACACCAAUAAGAAAGGUUAUACUAAAAAUGAGGUCCAAUGCCUUGUGUUGGAACCCGCAAAAUCCCAUACAUUUCACAGUCGCAAAUGAAGAUUCAAAUCUGUACACAUUUGACAUGAGAAAACUGCAAAAGGCACUCUUGGUGCACAAGGACUUUACAAAUUCAGUGACGGAUGUCGACUAUAGUCCAACUGGAAAGGAGUUUGUAGCUUCUUCAUUCGACAAGUGCUUAAGGCUUUUCUCCGUAGAAGGAAGAAGUAGAGAUGUCUACUCAAACAGGAGAAUGCAAAAUGUCCUUUGUUGUCGGUUCUCACUCGAUGGAAGAUUUGUCUGCUCGGGAAGUUCAGACAUGUGCAUACGGGUCUGGAAAUCGGAUGCAUCAGCCCCAAUAGGUCCAAGAACCCCGAGGGAAAAGGCUGCACUAGCAUAUCGCCGUGCCCUCAAGGAGAAAUAUAGAGGAUUACCAGAAAUCAGAAGAAUACAAAGGCAUCAUCAUGUUCCUGCUCUAGUGCUCAAACAGAGCAGACAGAAACAAGAGAGCCAAGCAGCCAAGAGAAGAAGAGAAAUCAACAGAGCUCUCCACUCAAAGGAUGGAACCAUAACACAAGAAAAGGAAAAACCAGUCAUAAACCAAGUAGAAUAAUUUCCAAAUCGCUUAAUUUUUACACU